AUGAAGACCUUAAGGAUUUCAUUUUCUGUAUUUCUUAUUGUCUUAUUUUCAUUAUCAUCAACUAUUUCAGCAGGUUCUAUUCAAGAUUUUAUUGAAUGUCUCUCACAUUUUUCACCAAAUUCUUCUUCAAUUCCAAACAUUACUUACACAUCCCAUGACUCUUCAUAUUUAUCCGUCUUGAAUUUCUCCAUACACAAUCUACGAUUCACCAUGCCCUCUACUCCGAAGCCACUCGUGAUCGUCACACCCUUAUACGAAUCCCAAAUUCCGGCAAUCAUUUCUUGUUCCAAGAAACAUGGGAUGCAAAUUAGAGUUAGGAGCGGUGGGCAUGACUACGAAGGUGUCUCAUAUGUUUCUCGAGUCCCUUUUAUAAUUCUCGACCUCAUUAACCUUCGAUCUAUUGAUGUUGACCUUGAAAGCAAGACUGCUUGGGUCCAAGCUGGUGCAACUAUUGGUGAACUUUAUUAUAGUAUAGCCAAUAAAAGUAAAACCCUAGCAUUUCCGGCUGGAGUUUGCCCUACCGUUGGUGUUGGUGGACAUUUUAGCGGGGGAGGGUAUGGUACGUUGCUACGAAAAUAUGGUCUUGCUGCCGAUAACAUUGUUGACGCUCGCAUGUUAGAUGUAAAUGGAAAAGUGUUGAAUAGAAGCUCCAUGGGUGAGGAUUUAUUUUGGGCCAUAAGAGGUGGUGGAGCCGCAAGUUUUGGUGUCGUUCUUGCAUGGAAGGUAAACCUAGUUAGUGUACCAUCUACCGUCACAGUUUUUACCGUUCGAAAAACCUUAGAACAAAAUGGUUCGAAUCUUGUUCAUAAAUGGCAAACUGUUGCAAAUAAGUUUCCUAAUGAACUAUACGUUAGAAUCGCCAUCACUAGGGUAAAGUCUAGUAUUGAUGGUAAGCCAACAAUUCUAGCCUCGUUCAUUUCCUUGUAUCUCGGCGGAGUUGAUGACCUCAUUCGCGUUAUGCAAGAAAGCUUUCCCGAGCUUGGUUUGACGAAAGAUGACACAAAGGAGAUGAGUUGGAUCGAAUCAAUCCUUUAUUUCUUUGAAUUGACUGGUAAACCUCUCGACAUUUUGCAAAGUAGAAUUGAAUCAAAUAUAACAUACUUUAAAAUAAAGUCCGAUUACGUGGAAGAACCAAUUCCCGUAUCUGGAUUAGAUGGAAUAUGGAACAUGUUCUUCGAGGAUGGUGCUGAGAUGUGUCGACUCGUUUUGAGCCCAUAUGGUGGAAGAAUGGACGAAAUCUCUACUUCAUCAAUUCCAUUCCCUCAUAGGGAAGGGAACUUGUAUAAAAUCCAAUACUUGUCGAUUUGGGACGAGGCGAGUACAACCGUGACUAGCAGCCGUAUAGAUUGGAUCCGUAGGCUUUACAGCUAUAUGGAGCCUUAUGUUUCAAAGAACCCGAGAUCUGCAUAUCUCAACUAUAGAGAUUUCGACAUAGGGACAAACACGCAACAAAACACGAGCUAUGAACAAGCAAGUGUUUGGGGAAUGAAGUAUUUCAAAAACAACUUUAAGAAGUUGGCCAUGGUGAAAACUAAUGUUGACCCAUCAAAUUUCUUUUGGAAUGAGCAAAGCAUACCAACUCAAGAUAGAAUGAUUAUAGAUAUGUAA